ACACCAAAUCAGCAUCUCUAUGAAAAUAUACUAAAGCUUGGAUUUAACGGCUGCCAGUAAUACUGAGGUCUUGCGAUCUCCCCUCCCCCCUUUGCCCCUGGGUAACCUACAUUCGCGCGAACAUACUCUACAGCAAGUGUCUGAAUUGAUCCCGCUCGGCUUCAUAGUCCUCCAUGGGAUGCGAGUGUCACGUAAGCCGGAGAGAAGGCGAGUUGAGUUGCGAGACCAAGUGAGAGGAAUACCCAACGGCUAAGUAUGUGUGCGGCGCAGCACAGGUGUUCGUCAUAAUCAGCGCAAAAUGGUCUUAUCCGUGUUGCUCAUAAUCACCCACGGUGACAAGGGAGGAAAUAACCGCUUCCAGUCUCGCAUUAACUGUUUGCCCUCAUUGGCAUCCUAAUUUCGAUACUCGGUUUUCUGUGGUUCGCACUGCAGUCUAGAUACGUAUCCUCCCUCCUCUGUCGUUUCAGUAUCAUUAUGCCUGCCACGACCCAAGACCAAAGCGAUGUUGCUGUCGGCGAAAAACGAAUCGAAAGUCGGGGCCUGACGGCAACAGAAGAAGCGCCCGAAGCCAACGAAGCGACAGAUGAAGAGACCACUGCUUACUUGGAUGGCUGGGCCCUCUGGAGUUUGACCGUCGCCUUGACGAGUUCCGCCUUCAUGUUAUCUCUCGAUAACACAAUUCUGGCAACUGCCAUUCCCCGGAUCACCAGCGACUUCAACAGCCUCAACGACAUUGGCUGGUAUGCCUCGGCCUACAGGAUCACGCAAAUGGCUCUGUUACCUACAUGCGGCCGCAUUUUCACUCUCUACGAUGUCAAAUGGUCGUACACCAUUCUGCUCCUCGUCUUCGAAAUUGGCUCCGUUAUCUGCGCUAUAGCCCAGAACUCGGUAACGCUCAUCGUAGGGCGCGCCGUAUCAGGCAUAGGGGCCGCGGGAUCGAUGGGUGGCGCUGCCAUUAUCGUUUCCUACUGCCUCCCCUUGGUCAAACGUCCUGUACUCAUGGGCUUCAUUUCCCUCGUCUACGGCAUCGGAUCGAUCUUGGGGCCGCUCGUGGGUGGUGUUUUCACUGACAAUGCCACCUUGACUUGGCGGUUCUGCUUCUGGAUCAAUCUUCCAUUCGGAGCUAUUGCACUGGCGCAGAUAUGGUACACGCUCCGCAAACCUCCCCCGGCGGUUAAAGCGGGACUGCCUCCCAGGGAAAAGAUACGCCAACUAGAUCUGCCAGGCGCUACCGUUCUCAUCGCCUCAGUUGUGUGCCUAAUGCUUGCUCUGCAAUGGGGCGGAAUCGUCUAUCCAUGGUCCGAUGCGAAGGUCUAUGGUUGUUUCAUCGGCUUCGGCUUGCUUCUUACCCUCUUCGUAUGGAUACAAAUAAAGGACCAGAACAGUUGCACUGUCCCCCUCCAUCUUUUUCGAAACCGUACCGUCUGUGCAUCCACCGGCUUCAUGUUAUUCCUCCAACUCGCCGUCGCUGUGCAAGCGUACUACUGGCCCAUCUACUUCCAGUCCGUCAAGGACACCAGCGCCAGAGACUCGGGCAUCUACAUGUUUCCCUUCGCAAUCUCCAGCACGGUCUGCACUCUAGCCUGCGGUUGGAUCGUCUCCAAGGUAGGAUACUACGUCCCAUUCAUGUGGAUAGGUACUCCCAUCCUCGCCGUAGGUGUGGCGCUUUUCCAAUUCCUCGACUUACACAGUCACGCGUCGCGCUGGGUGGGAUACCAGAUUAUCACAGGCAUCGGUUUUGGCGUUUGCGGGCAGGUACCUAUCGUGGCAGUACAGGCAGUCUCAAGCAAAGAAAACACACCAACGGUCGUCGUCCUUGUCCUCUUUUUCGAGAGCUUGGGCGGUGCUUUGGCGACUAGUAUCGCUCAGAACGUCUUCACCGACAGUUUGCUACGAGGUCUAGGGAAGAUCAAUGGUGUGGACGGCGCGGCGGUAGUGGAGGCGGGCGUCAAGGACUUCAGAAGGCUGAUACCAUCACAGCUACUGGAUCAGGUGGUCCGUGUAUUUGGAGACGCAAUGCGGAAUGUGUUUUGGUCCGCCUUGGCGAGUUUGGUCGUUGCUUUGCUUAUCAGUAUUGCGAUGGAGUGGCGCAAACUGUCCGAUGUGAUACAGGAGGGUGAUGCGGGGGUGGAAUCAGCGUAGUAUAGUAACAAGCCCUUAGGGUUACGACCCUUUAGAGGCUGUAGGAGUAAAUAGUUAUUAGUUAGAAGUUUAGAGAAGAUUGUCAUUAGUAGAAAGAGUAUAGAAGUUUAGCUAAGUUACGUACAUAGGUAGACACAUACUAACCACGCCCUCUACCC